AAGUUUAGGACUCUGCACCAGGAGCUGUGGUCGAGCCUGGAGCCCCUGCAGCAAUGGACCCUCCCUCUCCGAAGAUUACACAAAGAGCUGAUUCCGAACAUAGGGAAACGGCUGCCUGAAUGAUCCAGGAGAAGAGGGGUCCUGCAGGGAUCUGCGCGGCACUGCUGGUGGUGUCUCCUGCACUCGAACCAGGGUGACAGACAGAACCGAGGGUAACGGACAAGACCGGCGAUGGAGGUGCCCCUUGUUAAUUUUGAGAGCAUGGACGAAGUCGGUAUCAACCUCGGUGACCCGAGUGACUCCGGGUACCCGACUACACCCACCAGCGAGGCCCCCGAUCAGAAUCUGUUGACCCAACGUGUGAUUUCUCCUCACCCGUCGCCACGCAGAGGACGACGUAGGUAUCAGUCUGGUCAAGAGGGGCUGUCGCCGUCCUCCCCACCGAUCGUCACCAUAAAAGCGAACUCAAGCAGCGGCAGCCUGAUCUCUAAUCUAAAGCUCCUCAUCAACAGCGAGUCUCCCACCGACAGCGUCUUCAGCAAGAUGCCAAAGGAUUGCUACGAGAACGAAGACUUAUUUGAGAGGCACUGCGUGGAAGAAAAAGAUGAGAAAGUCGUAAUCAAUAUUUCAGGGCUGAUGUUUGAGACCCAGCUCAGCACUCUGAAUAAGUUCCCAGAAACUCUGCUGGGUGACCCCAUGAAGCGGAUGAAUUACUUCGACCCGAUGAAAAACGAAUACUUCUUUGACAGAAACCGUCCGUCGUUUGAUGGGAUUCUUUACUUCUACCAGUCCGGGGGCAGAAUCCGCAGACCAGCCAACGUCCCCUUGGAUGUUUUUGCAAGCGAAAUCGUUUUUUACGAGUUAGGCCACGAAGCGAUGGAGCAGUUCCGUGAGGACGAGGGGUUCAUCAAAGAGCCAGAGGUCCUCUUGCCCACCAACGAACUCCAGCGACAGUUCUGGCUCUUGUUUGAAUACCCAGAGAGCUCCAGUGCAGCCAGAUCUGUGGCUCUGGUUUCUGUGUUUGUCAUCGUCAUCUCCAUCUUCAUCUUCUGCCUGGAGACUCUGCCGGAGUUCAGGGACGACAAUGACUUUGUCCCUGGUUUAACCCAAACCAUCAAUGGCACCCAAGACAGUUCGGCUCCUCAUCCCGCCUCUAAAGACAUCAUGGCUUAUAUCACGGACCCCUUUUUCAUAGUGGAGACUAUUUGCAUCAUUUGGUUCUGUUUUGAAGUCGGUGUCCGCUUUGUGGUCUGCCCCAGCAAGAGUGAUUUCUUCAAUAACAUCAUGAAUAUCAUUGACAUAGUCUCGAUAAUUCCCUACUUUGUGACCCUGGGUACGGAGCUGGCUACGACCCCUGACGACGAUAUGAACUCCGGUCAGAACAUGUCACUGGCGAUCCUACGAAUCAUCCGACUCGUGAGAGUCUUCAGAAUUUUCAAGCUGUCCCGACACUCGAAAGGCCUUCAGAUCCUGGGUCAGACAUUGAAAGCCAGCAUGAGGGAACUGGGGCUGCUCAUUUUCUUCCUCUUUAUAGGAGUCAUCCUGUUCUCAAGUGCCAUCUACUUUGCAGAAGUGGAUGAGCCUCAGACACAGUUCGUGAGCAUCCCCGACGGCUUCUGGUGGGCCGUGGUAACGAUGACCACGGUGGGAUACGGAGACAUGUGCCCCAUCACCAUUGGAGGCAAAAUGGUCGGCACCCUCUGUGCCAUUGCCGGUGUCCUGACCAUCGCCUUGCCCGUCCCUGUCAUCGUCUCCAACUUUAACUAUUUUUACCACCGGGAGACUGAGCAGGAGGAGAAGCAGAUGAUAGACGCGGCAACAGAGGCUGCCCAGAAAUUGUCAGCGGCUAAGUACGGAAGCACGCCUUCACUGAACAAAAGUAACGGCACGUGGCAGAAUGAGAAGAACGGCAUGCACUGAUGGAGAAACUCAAGUAUUAUUUAUGGCAUGAAAGUCAGAUACGCUGGUAACUUCCUCACUAUUUUGUACUUCAAACAUGUCAGCAUUUGUGCAUAUUAUUACAGUAUUAAGGCACCGUGUGGUGGUGAGACAGCCUUUACACAAGUUGUCUGUAAACUUGUGGAUGUGUCAAAGUGCAAUUAACACAACUCAGCAGCUACUAUGUCAGUUACCUUUGAGGACAGGACCACGGUUCGUUUGUGCUGUAGACAAACGUUUGACCUUGUGAAGAGUGAAUAUAGAUACAAGAGGAAAAGUUCUGAUUUGUAAAAUGGUGUAAGUUUAUCCCUCACAAAGAACAGAAGCUGGAUGUACACUCAGAGCUCAUAUUCCAUCACAGCUCCACGUUUCGUCUUCAUUCCGUCAUAUUCAGCGAAAUCUAGAUGUAGCUUGUCAUGAUUUUCAAGGACGGGUCCAGUGUAAGGCGAGAGGACAUCAGCGCACUCAUUGUCUUAUCAGCAAAUCUAUAGCUGCGAAUGCUCAGCGCCGGCACGUCUCCAUCUGACACAGCGUAACUAUAUCUCCGCGAUGAGUUGUUGGCACAUUAGCACGUCUGUGAAACUGCUUGGCAAUGGUUGUACAUUAUAACACGUGCGUUCAGCAGUUUCUCUUAUUAAAUCACAGUUUGUUUUAUCUACAUGAUUCCAUUUUUUAUCAUUUGGCAUCUUGCACCAGAUUGUGCAGACAUGUAAUAGGCUAAUAAUGUGAAUUGACCCUUUAAAAAGCAUAUCAAUGAAUUGCACUGAGAGUUUUCUUUUUUUCACGUAUCUCUCGAGCACUUUUUGGAGCUUGACACCAUCAGCUGGAAAACUAGCAUUUAUUAUCAGAGUGUAUAGAAAUGUGAGACGAGAUGUAUAUUUGUGAUCAGACUGAGAAUACAGAGGAGAAAAAGUUCUCCAUUCACUUUGAUUCCCUUGUUAUAUUGCAUGGCAUAGUGUGCCCAAAUAAGAACUAACUCUUUUUAUCAGUAACUGGAGUUUGACGUAUUUAUUGAAGCUAAUUAUACGAUAGUAUUUUAAUCAUAUUGUGAAGAUCAAUAUAGUCCAUGUGAUAGGGAAAGCCAAUACUCCAACUGGAUUUGUGAAAUGAUGAAGGCGUUUGUGUCUCAUCUGGAAAUAUGAAUCGGUAUUAUAUACUAUAUGCAUGCCACAUUACAAUCUUGAAAACCUACUGUGUGUGAUUUUAUGAUGCGUAUAAAAUACAGCUUGAAUUAAAAUGACACCGGAUGUAGUUGUAACUCAAGGAAUGCCUUUCUUAUAACCUAGCAAUAUGCAAAAAUGAUGACAUGCGGGUGAAAAACAAACGCUGUAGCCUCCACUCGCAGAAAAAGAGCAAUAUACCUGUGUUUAAAAAUGAAAAUGCAAUAAGGUGACGUCAGUUAGUCACGUGGUUACUUUGCACUUUACUACGUCGAGAAACACUUCAUGUUGGAGGACUGUUACUGUGUGAGUGUCAACAUUGUGCAGUAUACAGUGUCAUAUGUUUUAUUUAACCCUGUAAAGAGUGCCUUUCAUUAAACUCGUAU